AAUGAUUGAAAACAGUUAUCCAACAUCCAAACACACCAAAGAAGAUUGGAUAUAACCCAUUUAGGAGGCCUAACCCACGUAGACAUGGUUGGUGGUAAAACGAUGUCGUCGUUUUAUUAUCAGUUAAAAAAAAAAAAAAAUUAGCGCAGGUUUAAGAAAGCCCUGUUUAACAGGGUCAAAGUCAAACACCACCAGACAGGACCCAUUUUUGACACAAUACCCAAUCGGACCCUACUCAAAAACAGAAGGCAAAAAAAAAACAAAAGAAGCAAAAAUCAGAAGGGCCCACAAAAAGCUGCUUGAGCCAUUGAUCGUCAAAAUCAUCCAUGGUUGCCUUGGCCUCAUUCUGUCUCCCUAACUUCGUCUCUUUCCUCUUCUUACCUACAAAGCCACCUACCAAGCCCAAAACCCCACCUGCCCAACUUCCUCUUUCUUUUCCAAUUCUGAAACAACCCAAAAAUGGUGGGUGUCUUUCUUUGGUUGCCCAAGAGAGUAACUCCUCCUGGUCUUCUUCCUCCAUUUCAUCUGUAAUCUGUCCCUCUCUGGCUUAUUCCAACACCCUUUUCUUUAGUUCAACAUACAAUGUUCAGGUUGUUGUGAAUGACAAUUGGUCUGAGGAGAAGCUGCUGAGCGAGUUCAGGAGGAAGGUCAUGAAGGCCGGUGUUAUUCAAGAAUGUAAAAGAAGGAGGUUCUUUGAGAACAAGCGGGAAGCGAAGAAGCGCAAAAUACGCGAAGCUGCUAAGCGUAACAGCAGAAGGAGGAGCCGAUAUAGAGAAACACCACCAAAAAAGCAGGAUGCACCUUCAAGCAAAAGGGAAGAAGAUGAAGACAACUGGGAUCUACCAGAGGGAGACAUUCCCUAUUGACCAUGUUUACCGGUCUUCAACUUCUAAAACUCUUAACCCUUGUUUUUCAGAGGUUUUUGGUCUGUGUAAGUUGCAUUCAGUGAAUCUGGUUCGUUGGUUAAUUUGGUGCAUAACUUAUUACAUGUUUAUAUUUGUAUCAUAUAAAGUAAUGAUUUUUCAUUCUUGCAUCAAA